CCGAUUUUAUAAUUCGUGCACAUGGCUUCUGUCAUGGCAUCCAGCUCCAGACCGGUUGGAGAAGCGUUUCCUGUAUCUGUGGAUUCCGGUAGAGCCAUGGGGGAGCGUGUGGUGCCCACCGCCAGGACGCAGUACGUCUGCUCCUUCCAGGACUGCAGCAAGACCUAUAACAAGAAAUGGAAGCUGGAGCUCCAUCUGUGCAAACACACAGGGGAGGUGAGAGGCUGGCUGGGGGUGAUGAGCCAUGGGGUAACCAUGGACUGCUAAACCUGGCCUGUCCUGGGCCAUGGGGUAACUGUGGACUGCUAAACCUGUCCUGGGCCACGGGCUAACUGUGGACUGCUAAACCUGUCCUGGGCCACGGGCUAACUGUGGACUGCUAAACCUGUCCUGGGCCACGGGCGAACUGUGGACUGCUAAACCUGUCCUGGGCCACGGGCGAACUGUGGACUGCUAAACCUGGCCUGUCCUGGGCCAUGGGGUAACCGUGGGCUGCUAAACCUGUCCUGGGCCACGGGCUAACUGUGGACUGCCAAACCUGUCCUGGGCCACGGGCUAACUGUGGACUGCUAAACCUGUCCUGGGCCACGGGCUAACUGUGGACUGCUAAACCUGUCCUGUUAUGAGCCAUGGGGUCCUGUGUGAAGAGCCAUCCUGGGGCAACGUUCUAAAAGUGGAGCAGUCUCCAUGGAAAUGAGUAGAAUGUUGCUACUCCCUGUUCCACUGUUAGAACCUGGUCCCAGAAUCACUCACUGCAUGACAUCCUGAUCCCCUCCGCUUUCAGCCUGCUGAGUGUUAUGGGAGUUAAAAUCCACAAUCCCUAUAAGCUGUUUGUUUGAGUAACUCCAUAGAGCUAAGUUAUUAUUCUGUUAUCAGCAGGCCCACUGUCAUGCAAAUACUAUCCUUUGCCUGUAACUCCUUCUUUCACUGUCCUAAGUAAAUGACUUGUUGCAUGGAAGUGGUAUUGAUUGAGACUGAUCUACUGUAUUGUUGUUAAAUCAGCUUGUCAAUCCUUUGAGUAAUUAUUUUUUAGAAUCAGUGAAAUCUCCAUUACACAUGAGAAGGCAAUGAAGCUACAAUACUCUGCUUAUUGUAGGACCUUGCUUGGAGCCUGAUGGAUGUCUGUUGCCAAUGGGUGAUACUUGGCUCAACUAUAUGGAGACAUAUGUUUGGUACUUGGCCCAGUUGUUCGCCUAUUGCUUUUAAAGUAUUUCAUUUAUUUUCAGAGUUAUCAUAUGGAGACCACUAUCAUGACAUUGCAAUGCUAUAGUAAUGUAUCUGAAGAGGUGUAAGUUAGGUUUGCAGACUUAUAUCCUGAUUAUGAAGAGCUGUUUGUUUUUAGUAUCUAUAAAUUGCCUUUGUUUGAUAUUUUGAAUAUGCUAGGUGGGGUAGGCAGACAUGUUGAGACAUGUCAAAGUCUAAGGAUGCAGUGUGUGAUCAGUACUGCAUGUCUUUUGCAUGGUAACUUUUUUUUUGCACCUGUCUGAGCAUGUUACGUAUAAAACUCUGGUUUUAACAAAAUAUUUAUUCCAGGAUUCAUAGCUCUAACCGUGUAAUGAAUGCAUAUUAAAAGUCCACAAAACAACUAAAAGUGCAUUUUAAGGCAUCCAGGCCACCUCCACUCAAUUAACAGGUUUGGGUGCAGUGGUCCUGUCAUUUUAACUAUGCAUGGUAAAACAUUGCAGUUUUUCAAACAUUUUAAUAUUUAACUUGAAUGGUUAAACUCUCCCCAAGUGGCUGUCUAACAAACCCCUACGAGAGGUCCUUCUGCUUAAACGACAGAGUAAAACUAAGUCACGUAAUUUUACAGCUCCCUAGGAAGCCAUUGAUUGCUUUCAUAUGGGACAGCAUGGAAGGUUGCGCAGCACUUGAUGUGCAUGUGCUGUAGGUUCUUCAGUGCUUCUCAGUGAGGAGCAAUGGAUUGGGACAUGCUGGACGUCAUGUUCCCUGACAUUGCUGGAGUACAAGAGGUAAACAGAGCCAAGGGAGCAAGUGGAGAAUGCAGCGUUUUGUGAAGGUUAACUGUGUAUGUAUAAUUCCAUGCAUUUGGUAUUUUAUCUUUAUUUACAUGUUGGGUUUUAGUGCAUUGCAACUAGUUCACUAUGAAUUCUCAAUGUUAAUCAUUUUCUUCUUAGAAACCAUUCCGCUGUGACCAUGAAGGGUGUGAAAAAGCUUUUGCCUCAAAGUAUCACCUGCAAAGACAUAUGAUGACACACACUGGAGAGAAAAAUAUCAAGUAAGUAGUGUUGUCUGUAAAGCAUUCGUAGAAUGCUUCUUGGCCCACUGGGUUGAUAACAUGCAUAGACAAUGUGCCAGCUUCACUCAUGAGCAAAAUUUCAGGUACCACCAAAGUGUUGACUUGAAUUUUUUUCCUAAAACCUAAUCUUUACAAAAAGCUCAAGCCCGGUUUUUUUUUUCCUUAAAAGUCCAACACAAUCAAAACCUAAAUACACCAAAGUUGGGACCUAUUUCUACAAAAGGUGGCAAAAAAAUAUUCAAAUAGGGAAUCAUGUAGUGUAUUUUAAAGUUUCAUAUGCAUGAAAUUAUGCAAAGAGGUGAACUGGAAUUUAACAGCAGUUAAGGCCGUGUCUGAUGGGAACGUUUCCCCCACCCAACUGGAUGCCACCAUGCAAGUGGAAAUUGCAUCUUUUUUUUUGUCUAUGCAAAGACCACACAGGUGUCGUUAUUUAACUUUGUAAUCCUUUUUCAUGUGCUAAUGUUGUGGCUUUUUUCUCUUAUUGUCAAAAUGGUUCACUAAAUUUUCUUUUUAAAAGGCAGGUAGCUAACAGCAGUUGGGUCAUGACCUAUUGGUCUCCUGAUUUUCAGGUUCUCAUGAAGCUGAACCUAGCUUAGACCAUUUAAUAUCUAGAGCUUAGACACUGUCACAAACAUAUUCUGGAAAGCUUGCUAGACAAUGAUUCUGCAUGGUAUCUCAAUACUGUAGUUUGUGUACCGGUAUUAGGGAAUAACGAUUUAGUUAACCAGAAACGGUACAUUUAGAUUACUCUGGUUUCCAAGUACGUCCUGGGGAUAUUGCUUUUGCCGAAUUCCAGAGUGACUUUUCACAAACAAAGUAAUAGGAUUUAUAUACACCUGUGGACACUGGAGCUUAACCCCUUAAGGACACAUGACGUGUGACAUGUCAUGAUUCCCUUUUAUUCCAGAAGUUUGGUCCUUAAGGGGUUAAAGGACCACUAUAGUGCCAGGAAAACAUACUAGUUUUUCUGGCACUAUAGUGCCCUGAGGGUGCCCCUCCUGCCAGGCUCUAGGGGAGGACGGGGUUAGCCUUUUUCUCCAGCGCUGGGCAGGGAACUCUCCUCCUCCAUAGUGAUGUCAUCGGCUGAAUGCGCAUGCAUGGCAGGAGCCGUGUGCAUUCAGCCAGUCCAUAGGAAAGCAUUCUCAAUACUUUCCUAUGGACACUGGCGUCUUCUCGCUGUGAAAAUCAGCGAGAAGCGCCUCUUGCAGUUGUCAAUGAGACAGCCAAUAGAGGCUGGAUUAACCCUAUUAUAAACAUAACAGUUUCUCUGAAACUGCCUCUUAUAGAAGAAAGGGUUAAACCUAGCUGGACUUGGCACCCAGACCACUUCAUUAAACUGAAGUGGUCUGGGUGCCUAUAGUGGUCCUUUAAAUGUGCUUGUGUGAAGUAGGGAAAGUCUAGAAGAGUAUUAUACAGUCUGGAGUCUUUCAAGUUUCUUUGGCAUAAGCAGGGAGCCUUGUUUGUGCUACAAUGCUUUCUUGAUAGUGUUUUAAUUGCUCAAGUGAAAUCUGUUUAGUUUUAAACCAGGUUUAAUUCCAGCAGUCUUCAUGCUGACAUCAACAGACUUGAGUUUUUUUUUUUUUUUGUUUAAUAUUGACUGUUCUUUCUUAGAACUGCUAAUGUGCAUAUUUGUAUCUGUAAAAAAGUGUUAAAACAUUUGCCAUGCAUAACAUUUCUUAGAAAUUAAAAUUCUGCUUAUUAAAGUGUAUCUGCCUUCCAAAUAUCAAAGAAAAGAGAACUUGUGGCGAAAUGGGCUAUUAGCAUUAACACACUUUUAUAAAAUUGGUCAUUAACUGGUCAUAAUUUGAACCACACUAAACUAUUACACAAAGUAAAUGCACAAGCGCUCUCUUCCCCUCUCGUAAGGUUUAUUUAUAGUUAAAAUCUAAAUACCUCUAUCUGUUUCAGGUGUGAUUCAGAAGACUGUAACAUAAUGUUCAAUUCGAAGGCCAACAUGAAGAAGCACUUUAAUCGAGCCCAUGUAUACACAGACCAAGUCUACGAGGUAAAUCUUGUGAAUGAGUUAAUUUCAGACAGCCUAAUAUAAAAAACACAGGCUGAGGGAGUUGGGUUUCCAUGGUUUUGGUCAUGGGGUUCAAUCUUCUCACGUAUAUUGCUUAUAGUGUCUGCUUUCAAAAAAAGCAUAGAGGUAUAUAAAAACUACUCAAAGUACUGUAACCACUACAACACUGUAGGCAUUAAUUUUAAAACGCAAUAGCGUUAAAACCUGUCUAAGUUAAUACACAUACUUGAUUGGUAUUGUUUAAGGAUGUUCUGAGUUGACUAACUCUGAAUUUUGUCUUAUCCAGUGUGACUUCCCAGAUUGUGGCCUUAAGUUCAAGAAACAUAAUAAACUGAGAAUGCAUCAGUGCAUACAUACAAAUGAGCUGCCUUUCAAGUAAGCAAAAAUCUAAUCCCUUUAUUACUGGUUUAUUUUUUAUUUUGAGUGCUACAUUAACCCCUUAAGGACCAAACUUCUGGAAUAAAAGGGAUUCAUGACAUGUCACAUGUCAUUUGUCCUUAAGGGGUUAAAGGACCAUACCAUUCCAUCUCACUGGAGUCCCUAGUCAAUGUUAAAGGAACACUACAGUCACCUAAAUAAAGCAGUUUUAGUGUAUAGAUCAUUCCCCUGCAAUUUCACUGCUCAAUUCACUGUCAUUUAGGAGUUAAAUCACUUUGUUUCAGUUUAUGCAGCCCUAGCCACACCUCCCCUGGCUAUGAUUGACAGAGCCUGCAUGAAAAAAACUGGUUUCACUUUCAAACAGAUGUAAUUUACCUUAAAUAAUUGUAUCUCAAUCUCUAAAUUGAACUUUAUUCACAUACAGGAGGCUCUUGCAGGGUCUAGCAAGCUAUUAACAUAGCAGGGGAUAAGAAAAUCUUAAUUAAACAGAACUUGCAAUAAAAGCCAAGUCACAUGCAGGGAGGUGUGACUAGGGUUCAUAAACAAAGGGAUUUAACUCCUAAAUGGCAGAUGAUUGAGCAGUGAGGCUGCAGGGGCAUGUUCCAUACACCAAAACUGCUUCAUUAAGCUAAAGUUGUUCAGGUGACUAUAGUGUCCCUUUAAACAGAUUUUUUUUUUUUAAUGAUGUAACAGUAACUUUAGUGUCACCAGCAAUCUCAAAGCCUGGCUUCUUAUGAUGGAAUGGCUAAGGCAGUUAUGCUAGUCUAGAUUAUACCAGAAAUGGUAGUGGUAAACUGUGAGCAUAAUCUAAUAUCUUGGUAUCACUGCCUACAAUACGACAUCCUUGGAUGGUUUCUUUGAGCAGGCAUGCACUCCUAUGGAAGUUCGUGUUAGGUGCGUUGCAUAUACACCAUGCAGCAUCAAUUGCACACAAUGUUUACUUCUACUGCUCUGUUCACUCUAUGUAAAAGUUCUAAUAGCAUUUUUUUAGGCUGUGGAAACCAUCCCUUUCAGACAAGUGGCAUUCCUCUAAUAUCUUACCAUUUUCUAGACAUUUUAGGAGAACCUGAAACGCAAUUUAGAAUUCUAUCAAGACUUUUUAUGUCUACCAUGACAAAGCACUGACCAAAGAGCAUUUUUCUGUACGUGUUUGAUAUUCUAAAUACUUCUCUACUCCUAGGUGCACUUUUGACGGAUGCAAUAAAUGCUACGCUUCGCCUUCCCGACUAAAACGUCAUGCAAAAGUCCAUGCAGGUAUUUUCCUGAUCAACUCUUAAUAAAAAGUCUAGCACUGUUUAACCCCUUAAAACCGGAGGGCGUACUAUUACGCCCUAUUCUAAGCGGCUUUAAAUGCCGCAGGGCGUAAUAGUACGCCCUCCAGUUUUUCUUACUUACUCGGUUGCCGGCGGUUGGGGAGACUCACCUGGGAUCAUAGAGAGUCCCCCUCGGCGGAUCCUGCUGCCUCCUCUGGCUCCGCCCGGCCAUGUGAGAGUGAGGUCCUCACAAUCACAUGGCCGGGUUAGGUGGCUGCUGCAUUGCCAGCAGGGGGACUGCCUGUAAUGAGUUAGUCCCCCUGCUGUCUAGGUGUAUUUUACUAUUGAUAUAGAUAUAUCAAAACAUAAAUAUGUAAAUACGUUAAAAUAAAAUUAAAAAAAUUUAAAAUUUAAAAAUAUAUAGAUGUGUUUGUGCUAACUGUAUUGUGAUAUUAAUAUAUAUAUCAAAAUACAUGUAGAACAAAAUAUAUCUAUAUAUAAAAAUAUUUUAAAAAAAUAUCCAUCUAUAUACAUAUAUCUAUAUACAUAUAUUAAUUCUACAUAUAUUUAUGUAAUAUUUUAACAUAAUUAGGUAUUUUUAAUUGAUUACAAUUAGCAGGACCUGCCUGACAACCCAUGCCGAAAGUAUGGCGAAUUUAAUUUGCUAGCACUAUAUUUAACCCUAUAACUUUCCAAGACACCAUAAAACCUGUACAUGGGGGGUACUGUUUUACUCUGGAGACUUCGCUGAACUCAAAUAUUAGUGCUUUAAAACAGUAAAAUGUAUUACAACGAUAUCGCCAGUAAGUGACGUUUUUUGCAUUUUUCACACACAAACAGCACUUACAGACGAUAUUAUUGCUGUGAUACUUCUUACUGUUUUGAAACACAUACUUGCGUUCAGCAAAGUCUCCUGAGUACAACAGUAACCCUCAUGUACAGGUUUUAUGAUGUCUUCAAAAGUUACAGCAUCAAAUAUGGCUUGUUUAAUUUUGUUUCACACUAAAAUUCGCCAGAUUGGUUAUGUUGCCUUUGAGACCCUAUGGUAGGCCAAGAAUGAAAAUUUACCCUUAUGAUGGCAUACCAUUUGUAAUAGCAGAGAACCCAAGGUAUUGCAAAUGGGGUAUGUCCAGUCUUUUUUAGUAGCCACUUAGUCAAAACACUGGCCAAAAUUGGCGUUUUUUUUACUAUGAAAGAGGUGAAUUACGGUUGGACAGACAUGUAGCACAAAUGCCAGGUUUUGUUUUGUUCACAACGUGUACAUUUGGCGCAGUCCUUUAGGGGUUAGUGGGUCUGAGUGCAAGCAAAUCCCUCCAUAUCCAGGAAGACUCGUAUCCCAUAACUACCUGUCUGCAUAUAUUCUGCAGAAAUUUGCACUGGUGUAGAGAACAUGAUAGACAUUUCCUAAUGCCAAAAUACUGCGACGUUCAAUGACUUUUGUUGAUGCCUACAGUUGGAGUGCUUAAGAGUUUGUUUUUUUUUGUUUGAGAGACCAUGUCUGGGGGCAAGCUCUCAGAGCUGUACAGCACAGACACUUUGCACAGAUGGAUAAACUUCUACUCUUGUGAAACACAGUAACAGUUGGACUUUUUUGUACUGUUAAACUUUUCUGGGCAUGCUAGAUGAAUUUGCUUGCCUUUCUUGUAUCCCAUAUGCAUUUGCAUGUAAUUAUUAAUGUUCACUUAAGCAACAAAGAUUGAGUCAAGCUUCAACAGUACAGUGUUGAUUUACUACAAUGGAUGACUUUGUUCGACCCUAUUUGUAAAACCAAAAAUAAGCUAAACUCACAUCUCUUCAAAUGGUGUCCUUCUCUAAACAUGGCUGCCUCUCUUCUUUGGCGAUAAUCUCAGGGCAACCCAAUGCUUCUCCAUAGAGCAAUCUUGUAGAGCUAAUGUGCUUGACAGCAAUUGUUGAUGUAGCCAAUCAGAUUCUCCAGAGAAUUUUUGCAAUGCUUCUGAGUAAAUUUAGUUCAGUGUUACACCAUCAAAAAUUUAAAUCUCCUUUAGUGUCUGACAGCUGCUACAGGCAUUUUCAAUGACCGAUGUAAACAUUGUCAUUUAUGUAGGUUUGUAAGGUUUGAGGAUGCUUCCCAUGGACAGGACAGUUCUCCAAUGACACUAGUGUGCUGGCAUUGGCAAUAUUCGUAUGUUCUGAGUGAUUAUUGUGAUUCCAUUCCUAUAUUUGCCCAGCUUCUGUCCUUAGAGGAAUAAGAGGGGACUUGCUAAAAUUUUUAUAUCUGAGAAUGCCAAGCUUCAGGAACAUUUUCUAUUAAUCAAAAUCAGUCUACCAUUAUAGAGAACCUAUACUAGCUGAAUAUCUAACUGCUCUUAGCCAGUAGAACAGUCCAGAUCAAGACACCGGCAAGUCUCAUCUUCAUGAGAUAAAGCAAUAGCACCGCAUUUUGGCCUUUGUCUGUAUGAUGGAUACCUCUGUGAGCAAAUAGACCAAACGUGAUAAUGAAAAUGAAGACUGUGAAUGAGCAAUAUACAUGAGAACUUAACAGGCAAAAAUCUGUAACUAUGCCUGGUUACGUUUGCAAAUGGAAUAGACCAGGCUCAAAAUUUAAAGAUCUACGUUACUAGACCAGAAUAAAUCACCUGGCACUGGAGGGGCCAUGGCACACAUUGGAGUGGAACAUCUCUGCCAUGGCAAAAUUUUAGCCAAAUGUUUCCUGUAUCUUUCAUGUGGGGGUACUUGCUGGCAUGUUGAAUCUGCACUGUUCUGGUUUGGGUUAGUCGAGAAUUGGCUUAUCUUUAUGACACACAAGCUAGAACUUCAGUGGAGGCUAACCAAAGGGGCAAACUAUUUUCCUCAUUUCAAUCUGUUCUCGGUUUCUGCUUUUGAAUAACCACACCAACUACAGGGCAAUUGUUGUAGUUGCUGUGACUGAACAGGUAGAGCACCUGGAGGAGGGAUUCUCUUGCUCUCCUGUCAGUCUUCUGUAUGUGCAAAAGUUUGAAGUUGCUCUGUUUGCAUAGACCCAUUUAAAAUUGGCUCAGUGUUCUGCCAACAGUAUGUGAAUAUCCAUGGCUCAGGCUCUGAAAGCUGACAAGAUAGGACACAUUUCUGCAUUUUGAGCAAUACUUGUAGCUACUCGUAUUUCUGAAAAUCUAUGCACGAUCUUGAGCCUUUCAUAGGCCUUUGUUUUGUCCUACCUGCAAGAAUUUAAAGUAGCAAUGAACCAGAAGAUGGAGACACUUGAAGAGCUUCAGGUAACUAUAUAUUACUUCCCCCUGAUCCCAUGUAAGUUGACAUGUCAUAGUGGAUAUAAGUGAUGGUUGAGCUUUGGAUUUAGAACCAGGUUUUGGAAUAUGUGCAGCAGGUAGACUAUGGUCUUAAAGUAUUUUUGUGAAACUGUUGUAGGAUCUAAAUUAUAAUUUUUUUAUUUUUUUAAUAGGAUACAAGUGCAAAAAGGAUGAAACUUGUGAAUUUGUUGGGAAGACCUGGUCGGAUUACAUAAAGCAUGUAUCUGACUGCCAUACUGGUAAGAACUUGUUAUUAAAGGAAUAUUUUAACUUAAUUAUAAGAGAACUCUCAAUGUUUUAGUCUUUUUGUCAGCUAGCUUGCCAUUUCAUUGGACUGCUGACUAUAGAUAAACUAGUUACAUUUCGGGAGAAUGCAAAGAAUUCGGGAGGUGCCCGGUCCACCUAGGUUACUCAAGGAAAUGGGGAAAACACCUGCUAUUUAACACCUUGACCUGCCCAAGAAUGGGAGCCACUAUUGGAUUCCCCAAUAUUUCACACCGCUUUUAGCAUGUUUUUUCCAACACUACCGUUUGAUGCUUGGAAUAGUAUGUUACUGAAAUUCCGCAGUCUGCCCCAAAGGGCAUCCAAGCAAAUACAGCUGUUAAAAAAUAAAAAAAAAAUCUAUUGCUUUAAAUGGCUUAGCAAUUAGGCUUUCAUAAAUGUACAUGUAAAAUAAAUGGCCAAACAUUUCAUUUGCAGAACUUUUUUUUUUCUUCAACUUCUGUUCAAUCUUUCUUAUGCAUUCUGAAAAAGUAGCACUUUGUUUCACCCCUCUAUUGGUAUGCAGUACUUUUAUAUAUGGGCAUCUAGCCACCUCUUCACAGGACAGAGCACAUAAUUCCAAGAAUUCAAGACCUCUGGUUCCAUUCCCUAUGGUAUAAAACUUCUCAACACGUGAGCCCCAGUUUUUCUGCGACCCAUGUAUUUUGCUCUGAAUAUGCCUGGAGGGUUGCCUCUUCAGCGCUUAGCCCUUCGGGUCCAGGAAAGCAAGAGGCUUGUAAAAAGCCAUUACAAAAUCCAAACUGCUUAUUUGUGCAGGAUGUUGGCAACCACUCCCUGAUGGUUAUAAGAAUUAACCCUUGUGCUACAGAUUUUUUAAACAAACUUUCCUUGUCCUGUAGUCGGCAGCCUUACAGCCAGUUCAGCAUUCCUUGCCUUCUAUCUCAAACCUGGUCCAAGAGUACAGGAAAGAGAUGGACUCUUAAUCUGGAGUGGAAUUAUUUUCAGUUGUAUUGUACAUGCUGCCCUCCCUUAAAGAGACACUAGUCACCAGAACCACUACAGCAUAAUACAGUAGUUCUGGUGUCUAGUCUGUCUUUCAGGGGAAAAAAGCAGUGUAUACAUUAAUGGCUAGUUAAAUUUCUAGUGGCAGUCACUCACUAUAGGUGAUUCCUAGUUCAGUGCUGCCGUGUGAAACACUGACAUUCAGCUUCUCCACCCUUUAAAUGUUCCCUGUAUAGAUGCAUUGAUUUAAUGCAUCUCUAUGAGAAGAUGCUGUUUGCAGUGUUUUGCCAAGAAUGUGCCCUAUGGGAAUGCAUUGUAUUGGCUGAGAUCAUAAAGACUGAUCUCUGCCAUGCAAGUGGGACCAGCUGUGUUAAAAUAAACUUUUCAGUGUGAUUAGUGGGGCUGGUAAUCUAAACCAGUGUUCCCAACCCAGUCCUCAUGGACCACCAACAGUCCAGGAUUUAUGAAUUUCCCUGUUUUAUUGCAAUGGAAAUACUGACAACAUGGACUAUUGGUGGUCCAUGAGGACUGGGUUGGGGAACACUGAUCUAAGCAACAUGGCACUAUUGUGUUAGGAAUACAUGUUUGUAUUCCUGAUACUAGUUUUCCUUUUUAAAUAUUUGCAUUAACUUGGCGUGCUUUGUAUUGCUUAGGCUCAUGUGCAGAGAAGCAGUUCUAUACCAUAAAUGGUGUGAACCAGAGGAAGUCCUUAAUUUUUUAUUAAGAUGUUGGAUUCUGUGAUAUGCCUGUCCUGUGAGAUAGGGGCUAGAUCCCCUCCAUUUGUGAAUACUGUCUCUAAUCUUGAGGAAAAAAUAAUUUAAGUAAAAUUUAUCACACCUAAAAGGCAGAUUAUGCAAAUAACCAACUUUAAAAUAUUGACAGCCCUCAAGCUCCACCAACUGAGACGCUAGCCCUUGCAGAAAGUUUAAAGCAGUGGAAUCGCUAUUGAGUAUCUGUUGCACCUGAUAUUGGGCUACUGGUUAGGAUUUAUGGUUAGAAAUUUAAAGUGUAAAUAAGUGUUCUUAUAUCGGAGAGGUUGGUAAUGUCUUGUAUGAUAAACGCAUAAGUUUUUUUUCCAACUUUCAGAACCACUAAUCUGUGAUGUGUGUAACAAAAAGUUUAAGAAAAAAUGGUUCCUGAAUGACCACAAGGUAACUCAUGACAAGGAACGGAAAGUCUAUUGCUGUCCCAGAGAUGGCUGUGACCGGACCUAUACUACUAGAUUCAAUCUCCGAAAUCAUAUCCUUUCAUUCCAUGAGGAAAAGAGGUCUUUUGUUUGUGAGCAUCCUGGCUGUGAAAAAACAUUUGUAAUGAAAGUAAGUUUGCGGUUAUCCCCCCACCUUCACCUUUAAUAAUCAAAGCAGACAACCUGUAUUAAUUACAAACUAAGGAAAGGUUUCAGUGCAGUCUGGACUGUGCCUUUUUUACAUCUCUGGUUGUCAAGAUUCUCCUCUUCAAUUUCCAAUAGCAAGGGCUGUCUGUUUUAAUGUAGUGCAGCCAUAUUAAAGUAAAUCUUCCAUAGGUCAUAAUUUUUUUUCAAUUUUUUUUAACAGCAAAGUCUGGAAAGACAUGAGGUUGUCCAUGACCCAGAGAAGAGAAAACUUAAGGUUUGUUUUUUCCUUUCUCCUACAUUCACUCGGUGUUUACAUGGCUUUCUUUACAUUGGAUAAGUAUGGAUAUCUUUGUGUAAGAGUAACACUGUACAAGUUAGUAGGCAGGGCAGGCCAAACACUAAACUUAAAAUUACUUACAGGCCUAUUCACUAAACACCGGAUUUUGUCCAAAUAGAAUCCAGUGAAAAUGAGCAUAUUCCAAGCACAUUGGUAACUUUCUGACUUGCUAAAAGCCAAUUGCCGUAAGGAUUCAGUUGGUCCAACUGAUUCUGUAACAUUGAUUCGGAAAAUAAGAUUUUCGCAUUCGAACAAAUUAACAGGACUGGAAUCAGAAACGUAUCGCCAAACGCAAGGCAGCCAAGCAUAACUUGGAAACAUGCAGUGCAUGAAACAAGCACUGGUUUGUCACUCACUUCCUCUUUGCAGGAGAAUUGAUCAUUUUAAAGUGUGAUUUUCCCACUAGCAGCCAGCAGUGAAAUGGUGGAAAAACUCUCAGCGCUGCCAGGGUUAAUUUAUAUGACAGCUAGAAAGCAAGCACUUGCAGCCAACCACUACAUUAAAAAAACACAAUACAAAUAUUCUGUGGGGGUCAAUAAGAGGUAGUCAUAUAGCAGGUGGGGGCACAUCUGUGCCAAACAUUUAAUACUAAUGACUCUAGUGGCUAAGAAAGACCCUCUGGGAAUGGAGCCUGUGAAAUAAUGGUGAGAGCAAACUGCCACCACGAUGGGGCAUCAGGACGAGAAUAUUUUAAGGAGGUUGCAGUGUCCCCUCCACUGGUCCCACCUAUGCUUUGGACCCUAAUUUUAACAAGGUAGGAAGGCUAUUGUACCCUGCCACACCUAUGCCUGUGGCUGUGUUAAUUGUAAAAUGGGGGAAUGGACAUGUUAGUUUCAACCCACCCAAUCCCCCAGCCACCUCCUAAAAUAAGUCCCUACAAGUAGUCAACAAAUCUAAAAUCUGUGGGGGGAAGAAAACAAAAACUAAAUUACUUGGCAUAAGAAGUCGUCUUUCAUCUAAUAGUUAUGUUCUUCAGCCUCCCAAAAAGCCCUCCUUGUGGGGUAUGCCAUCUUGUAGGUUUCCCACACUAUGACUGGCAUCACAAAGCAUGGGAAAAUUUCUCACUUUGUAACAUGACUAGGAGCACUCCAAUUGGUUGGUUUACUAGCCAAUCAGUGUUGCAGAAUGUUUACAUUAGAAUGCUAUAGCUUUUGUCAUGAAUUAGUCACUCCUUGAUAACAAAGUUGAUGUAGAAUGUCUCUUACUUUCAGCUCUGUGUGGCUUAGAACUGCAGCAAUUUUAAAUAUCAUAGCUGUCAGGCAAUCUGAAGGCUUGGUUCCAAUUCCCUGAUUUCUGUUAUGUGCAGGUUGUGAUGUAAGCACAUGUGUUAAGCCUUAGGCCAUGGCUCUGGUAAUCAGUAGUUAUCAAGGGUCAUAAAUCGUGAACCAUUCUAUAAAUAUAUAGCUAUUCACCCCAAGCUCCAUGCUUAUUGAGGCAUUAUUGGGCAAGCACUGAUCCUAUAGAGCAGAAUGAAACGCUUCAAUUUGGGGUCUCUCUGAUGUGGGAGGAGUCUGCAUGCAGGAAGACCUUUUAAACAAUGUCUGUAACGCUUUAAGAAAUAUGGGGUCAUUCCCCCCCUUAGUUUUCUUUAACUUUUGUUUGUGAUUCUUUUAUAUCGAAUUUUUUUUUUUUUAUGUUAAAGGAAAGAAAACCACGUCCUAAAAGAAGUCUUGCGUCUCGCCUGUCUGGAUACAAGCCUCCAAAAACUACCAACCCUCCCGAAAAGUCACACUCUGAAAUGGUACCGGAAAACCCGCCCCCGAUUAAUGAAAUUAAUCAUGGCCAGCUUGAACAGCUCACCCUUAAAUAACCAUGGAAUUCCUUAUUUUGCUAUCUAUGUAAAAGCAGUCUUAUUUUAUGUUAAAAUAACCAAAGUUUUGGGUAACCUAAUUUUCUAAGGUUUUUUCUUAAUGUAUGACUUUACUUCUGAGGUCAGACUUUCUACUAUUGAGAGUUGUCAAAAUGUUUUACUUUAGUGUUUUUUGUUUUUUUGACUUUGAAGGAUUAACAUGGUAUCAUUGGCAUAAAAAGGCAUCUCUUCCAGUUAGUGAUUGUUUUGCAACACAAGCAUCUGAUUUUUCCUGUACAUUAAAGUCCAGAAUGUUUCAGGGAACACCUCCAUUGUAUGUCAUUUUCAUUUUCCAAAACAUUGCUUCACAAGGAUGUAAAUGUGCAAAAUUUACAUGUGGAAAGACAUCUGAAGAUAUCUGCCUACAUCAUGAUUGUACAGUGAUUUCUACGAUUGUAAUGUUUAAGUCAACGCACUUAAAGGGACUCUAUAGUCACCAGUGCACCUACAUGUAUUCCUAACCCUAUAAUGUUAACACGACCAUCUAGCCCCUCAUGCCUCCAUAAAUAUAGUAAAAAUCUUACUGUAUUCAAGCCAGAAGCUGUGACUCUGCAUGAUGAGACUCAGGAAAAACAGUCUGCUGACAUGUGAUAGCCUGAUCCAAUCACAAUGCUUCCCCACAGGAUUGGCUGAGACUGACAAAGAGGCAGAUCAGGGGCAGAGCCAGCAUGAUUCAAACACAGCCCUGGCCAAUCAGCAUCUCCUCAUAGCGAUGAACUGAAUCAAUGAAUCUCUGAGUAAAGUUCAAUGUCUGCAUGGAGAGGGAGAUACUGAAUCACAGGAUGCUCUUGCACAGCAGAUCUGAGUGGAUGGAGGCAGAUUAUGCCUCCAACUCAGCAGUCCCUCUGGUUCACUCUGAGUGACUGCAACUGGAGGUGUUCCUAGCUUUCAAUGUAAACACUGUAUUUUCUCAAAAUACAGUGUUUACAUGAGAGGCUGCAGGAAACUAUAGUUCUCACCUGGAAAACUUCAUUAAGCUGAAGUUGUUGUUCAGGUGACUAGUGUCGUGUUUUUUUUUUUAAUAUAAACAUACUGGUCCCAUAAGCUUCUACAAAUUGUAGACCGUACUAGUAUGUCUGCUAUAUUGACC